CACGCGUACUAGUGGCAUACCCGAAUAGCUUUGUUCGAGCAAUUGCAUUCACGAAUCUGCAACAUCAUCCGCACACACCUGCUCCCUUACUUUCGAGAUGGCUUCCGAUACCGCCGAAACAACGAUCAAUGUCCUCGCAACCAUCGCAACGGCAUGCAUUUUCAUCAGCAUGAUUCCAGGAAUGUACACUGUACACAAGAAACAGAGCACGGUUGGCGUCAACUUCUACCCGCUGGCUAUGAUGUUUGGGCAGUCCAUGGGCUGGGUGAUCUACUCGAUGGCAGACCACUCAUUUUUCCCCGUGGGUGCCGUUAACUGCUUGGGCGCCGUACUUGGAGUGAUCUUCUCCGGCACUUUCAUCCUCUACGAGAAGGAGCGGAGAACACGGUAUAUGAUCUUCUUUUGUGGCGUGUUCGCACUCAUCAUCGCGCUACUGCUCUACCGCUUCCUGGGCACACAAGAUGAUGAUACAAUCGCCAAGGUGCUAGGGUAUUUCGCUGACGUCAUGGCGAUUAUCAUGUUUGGCUCUCCACUCAUGCUCAUGGGCGACGUCAUCAAGACGAAGAACUCAGAAAUUAUCGCGGCACCCAUGGCGAUCUCGGGGUUUGUCAAUGGCGCACUCUGGACGACGUACGGUAUCAUGCAAACUGACUACUACGUGCUCGUGCCGAACGCCAUCAGUGGCAUAUUGUGCCUUGUGCAAGUGAUUCUGGUCUCAAUAUUUCCGCGCAGCCGAUCUGGGGACAAGAAAGGAGAGCUCUCGGAGAAACUUUCGAUUGAUAAUGAAGUGUAAGCUUGGAACUUGUUCUUAUCGUGUUGUGAAAGAGCACGGAGUUGGUGGGGAGUCCACAACGCGCACUCAAGAUGAUUUCAUCCGAACAAAACAAACGAGGAGCAGGGUCUCACGAAAUCCCCGGUAGUGGUGUUCCGGACUAUCUAUCUAUGGUACACAUACUGACUAGGUAGUAGUAGUUAGUACCUCUCGACAAUGGGAAAUUCAGGGUGUUUGAACAUUUACAACUGGUCGAGGUUCUCAACCGGAAACAUGAUCUCUG